UGCCAAGUGGCAUUAAGCCGACGUCGCUACAUGCUGCCGAUCCUCGGGUUCGGGUCAUCGCAGAAACGGAAGCCCAGCUACGACGCCGAAGCCGCUUGGAAGACGACGCCUGUCUCUGCCUCUAUGCACUGGUACGACCGCACGACUGUGCGCUACGCGCUCCUCGCCAUGCUCGGCCUUGCGCUCUUCCUCUCGGUGGCCACGACCGUGCCGUCGGCGAUUGCAGUCUCGUCGUCGCACUUUCGCCGGCCUAGCUACACGCCAUCGCCGCCAUUGAUCGACUACAAGCACUUGCCGACGUCGUUCGAGUUCGGCAUGGUCGCGGACCUGGACAAGCAGAGCCGUGUCAAGGGCGACGCCAAACCUCGCUUCGAGUCCAUCUUCCAACGAGCGAUUCUCAAGCGCCAUGUGGACGGCAGCGACGGGAGUCGCUCCACGGGCGAGCUCGCAUCCUCGUACUCGGUGACGUUCCGGGAGAGCGAGACGUUCUCGACGACGCUCAACGAGGCCGGGCGCGGCUUUGAGCUCAGCGAGCUCGCGUGGUUCCAGGGCCACUUGCAUUCGUUUGACGACCGGACCGGCAUUAUCUUUCGGCUGGAACACUUUGGCUUUAACGACCCGGCGCCGAUGGCGGCUGUCCCGACGCACAUCAUCAUGGAGGGCAACGGCGCGACGGACAAGGGCCAGAAGCACGAGUGGGCGACCGUCAAGAACGGCGAGCUCUACAUCGGCAGCAUCGGGAAGGAGUUCACGUCCGACGGCGAGAUCGUGCACGAGCACAACAUGUGGGUCGCGAUCGUCGGCCUCAACGGCGCCGUGCGCCACGAAGACUGGUCCCACCGCUUCGCCAAGGUCCGCGCCAAGCUCGGCUGCGCGUACCCCGGGUAUGUGAUCCACGAGGCCAUCGAGUGGAGCCCGGUGCACGAAAAGUGGUUUCUCUUGCCUCGGCGCGUCUCGAGCGAGCCGUACGACGACAUGGCCGACGAGAAGCGCGGCGCGAACGUCAUGGUGAUCGCAUCUGACGACUUUGAGGAGCUCAGCGUCGUGUACAUUGGCGACGGCGUUAUCGCGCGCGAGCGAGGGUUCUCGAGCUUCAAGUUCGUGCCGGGUACGAAGGACGCGGUGAUUAUCGCGCUCAAGAGCAUGGAGAACGAAGCGCUGCAGCUCCAAGGCGCAUACGUGACGGUCUUUGACGUGCAAGGCAACGUGCUCAUGCCCGAGACGCCGCUGCCGGGCCAGUCCAAGUUUGAAGGCCUCGCGUUCCUCUACGACUAUUGAAUAGCGAUGACCAUAAUAUAGACGCAGUGGCGUGUUCAAACGAAGAAAUUCACUCUUUAUAAACACA